AUGACUGUAAAUGAAAGCGGAAUGGUGCAAUCGAAUGAGUAUCCAGAUCGUCCCGGAAUAGAAAAUUGUGAGUUUUAUAUGAAAACUGGUCGAUGUGGCUUCGGAGAAAGUUGCUGCUACAAUCAUCCAAAGGAUAUUCCAGAGAAGAUCAGUUUUCCAAAGUGUAAGGUACGAGUGCAUUAUAGAGUGUUAAGCGUGAUGGAUCUAGCAAAAUUUUUUCGGAGGGGAGCUUGUAAGUUCGGCUCAAGUUGUGUGUAUGAUCAUUCAAGGGAAAGGGAACCUAUGCGUCAGGGUCAGAGGAGAUACGAAACAGAGUCAAGUUCAAGGCCAGAGAAGAAGGCAAAAGCUAAGCCGGAUCCCCGAGAGCGUGAUCCAAGAAAAAAAUUCAAAGAGAAUCUACAGGAAGCACAGCAAAAUACUCAGAAGCAGAGGAGGGAGGAUCAAGACAUUAUGCAGGAAGAAAGAAACAGAGAGAGUGAGAUUGAGAGGCAGAGGAGGGAGGCUCGUUUGAGUGAGAUUCAGAGGCAGAGGAGGGAGGCUCAGUCUGGUGCGCAACAGCAGAGACUAAGAAAUGUUGAAAUGCAGAGGAGAAAAGCUGAAAAUAAUCUGCAGCAACAGGAGUUGAGGGAGAUGCCAGAGAAUCGCAAUAUAGAUGCUCAACAGAAUCUUGAGGAACAGAGACGAAUAGAUAUUGAGAAACAGAGAGAAGAGGAACGUUUGAGACUUGAACAGAUCCAAACCACUGUUCAAUUUGACGAAUUAGGUCGACCUAGAGAGUUGAUGAAAGAUUUGGGAUUUAGAGAUUGCGAUGGGUUUUAA